AUGGAUAUUGGACGAAAGAAAGUGAUAGUGGACAAUACAGUAUUUGAUGAUUUGUACAAUAGAAUUAAAUUGAAUGCUGAAGAGCUUCUACCCACUCUUGUUACUAAAGCAAAACAAAUUAAUGAUGUGCUGAAAGAAAAUUUAUUUGCUAAUGAUGAAUAUCGCCAAAUUGUUGUGAAUUCAGCUAAGAACUUAUUUAUAAAUGACAGUAUGUCUCAGUCAGGUAAUGGUGAACAUACUGACAACAGUUCCACACUAAAUAAUUUAAAUCGGAAUAAAAAUAGUCCAUUAGUUCGAACAAAUGCUCAUUUAGACAAUGCUAUUCGUCCCGUUCAGGAUUAUUUACGUGAAUUUAUUGAAAUUGUUGAACAUUUAACAGCAUGGCUUGAACUGGAAAUAUCAUCGUAUGCAAAUGGUGAUGAUUUUCGAAUUGUUGUACAAAAUGAAAUACUAGACGAAUUUGCCUCCAUGAAGGCAGUUUCCGUUGCAUUUCUUGGACAAAUAUUUGAUUAUUAUGAACAACGUGCAGCAAUUGGAAAAGAAAUUUGCAAAAGACCUAAUAUCGAUGAUAGUAAACAUUUAUUAGUAAAUAUAGAUGAACUAAUGUAUUCAAAAGCAAAACUAAUGAUGAUUGAAAUAGAAGGCUAUUUUCUAAGAAUUUACAACGUAUUAUCUAAAAACGAAGAUAUUUUAAAACAAUCCACCCGUCAACAUGUUGAUAAUUAUUUUUAA